UGAUCGUUGCGUUUGUGUGGACACAAGUAGUGAUGUCUUCGUGAGUGUUGUCUUCACAUUCUUCUGGAUGUCAUCGAGUGAUAGUGAUAUUUCCAGUGAUUUAAUCACUGAUCCGGAAGUGAUGGACGCGUUGUCGGCGACCAAACGCACCGCACAUACAGAGCCGCCGCCGAUGUCGGCCAUCGCUGGCCACACAUCACAACCGCUAACAAAUGUCUCCGAUACGAGUAGUGAUGAAAACAGUGGACACGAAGAGUAUGACAGUCGGCCAACACAGGCGGUCAAUAGAGAGACCGCUGGCCGCAAAUCAGGACACAGACGAGUAAAUAUUUCCGAUACGAGUAGUGAUGAAAACAGUGGACAGGAGUCGGCCGACAGUCGGCCAAAAGUGACCGCCGAUGGCGUCCAUCAGGACUCGUAUUACGCGUGAGAUUACGACGGCUGCGGCAAACUAUACGUCGGCGAACGGGAACUGGAGGCCCACCGGCGGGACUAUCACAUCGCGCUGAUGGCAGUCGGCUGUGACCUCCCGUGCAUCCGAUGCGGUCAUACGGCCGACAAUCGCCACGAUAUGGUCGCCCAUAAGCUCGUGUGUCCGCUGAAGCCGCCAAAAAAUCCGCGCAUCCGUUCAUAUAAGCGCCGGAAACGGCCGACAAGUGAUACCAAACAACCGCAACAGUACUCGUGCCGAGAGUGCAGCCAACACUUUGACACUAAGAACUCGCGCCGACAGCACGAGCGCAGUGACCACCCGUCGCCGCCCGGCGCCACCCCUACCGCUGCCCACCCGUGCGAUACGUGCGGUAAAGGCUUCGCCACCGCUUUAGGACUGGCCGCCCAUCGACUGGCCGUUCACCCGAAGCCGUUGGCCGAGCCGUUAAAGUGUGACAUCUGUGGGAAACACGCGUUCACUACCGAAAAGCGUUACCAUAAGCACCGGCUGUCUGUCCACGCGGUGCCAAAGCCGCGGCCCUUUCCGUGCGAUGAGUGCGACAAACAGUUCGCGUCCGAAGUGUCGCUCGGCUAUCAUCGGGCGAAUAACCACUACGCGGGCCGUCUAUUACCGGAGCCCUCGCCGUGCGAUACGUGCGGCCGAGUGUUCGGCAAUUCCUGGG